AUGUCUUUCAAGAAACACGGUCAAGCAUCUUAUCCCUUGACUUCCGCCAAAAGAUCGGUUGUCUUUAUCGCUCGCCGUCCUGAGCAACUAGCGGACGCUUCGUCUUCCGGUGCAACCAUUCGACAGGCAGACUAUGACGACGAUAACAGCAUCUUGAAUGCGUUUGAGGGCGUGGACACUCUCUUCCUGAUCUCGUAUGCCUCAGUCGAGCAUGAACACAGAUCCGAGCGUCAUCGCUUCGCCAUCAACGCCGCAAUCCGCAGCGGAGUAAAGCACAUCUUCUACGACUCCCUAGGGUACGGCGGCAAGCCCGAGACCAAAGAGUCGGUGGCCCAUGUGAUGCAGCCUCAUCUCGACACGGAGAAGUAUCUGGAGGAAUUGUCCGCGAAGAACCCAGGCUUCGGAUACACGGUAGUCCGCGAGGGCCCGUACACGGAGUCCUACCCGCUGUACACGGCGUUCUUCGACCCAAAGAACCCAGUGAGCGAGAUCAAAAUCCCACACGACGGGCCCGGGCCGGGCAUCGCCUGGGUCAAGCGUGAGGAGCUGGGCGAGGGCACGGCGGAGCUACUGAGGCGAUUCGCCAUUAACCCGGCGGGCUUGGUGUAUUGUCAACGCAGCGUGUUACUUUCCGGAGCCCGCGUGCUGUCGCUGCAGGAGUCGGUGGAUAUCUUGGGCAGAGUGGCCAAUGUGCCUGUCCGGAUCCGCCGGGUCUCCGACGAGGAAUUCGCUGCGCAGCCGCAGGUCAAGCCGAACUUCGUCUAUUGUGGAGUUGAUUACUCGCUGUUGUGGGCUACGACCUUUGAUGCCUUCCGUCGGGGCGAGGCGGCAUACGCGUCGUCACUCCUUGGAGAGCUCUUGGGGCGUGAGCCGGAAGAUGAUUGA